GGGAGAGGGAUAUUACUGUGGAUCUAUUACGGAUCCGAUGCACUUGUUGAGCGGGGAAUAUCGGCAGAGUUGAAACAGGAACAGCCCUUUCUGGGUUUAUUUCUGAGUUGUGUCUUGGACCCAGUUUUGAUCAAACAAAGCUCGACCUGUGGCACUGACUUCCUAUUUCUGCGACUGGCAUCUCACAACCUCGUGGGCCUGGAUCUCAGAGAUUAAACUAAAUCUAUUUUUAUUAGCCACCUGGACCCGACUGCGCGGCAAUGUUCCUCUCCACAUGGAGAUGUACAGGAUAGAGCCAGCAUAUGCUUUACAACUAGCUGAGCGGGAGACGAGCUGACCGGUGUGAUGAAGGAUCGACUGGCUGAACUGACCGCUGCCGCUUCACAAACAGAAGAGGAUGUUGCAGUUACAGUUAACCAAGAUGGAUUCAUGGAUAGCUUUUUCAGAAGGGUGGAAGAAGUCAGAGGAGUCAUCGAUAAGAUCUCCAUACAAGUGGAAGAAGUGAGGAAGAUCCACAGCAUGAUCCUGUCGGCACCCAACACAGAUGACAGAACAAAGGAUCAGCUGGCUGCACUCACCAAUGAUAUCAAAGGGAAUGUCAAUGUGGUGCGAACCAAACUAAAAUCCAUUGAGCUGAGCAUGCCCAAAGACGAUGCUGCUAACAGGGCCUCCGUAGACUUCAGGAUCCAGAAAACACAGCACACUGUGCUCUCCAGGAAGUUUGUGGAGGUCAUGACCCAGUACAACGAGACUCAAGUGUCCUUUAGGGAAAGAAGCAAAGGAAGAAUCCAGAGACAGCUGGAGAUAACUGGAAGAGUGACCACCAAUGAAGAACUAGAAGACAUGUUAGAAAGUGGAAAUCCAUCCAUCUUCACCUCUGAUAUCAUUUCUGAUUCCCAAAUCACACGGCAAGCCGUGAACGAGAUAGAGUCACGACACCAGGACAUCAUGCGCUUGGAGACGAGCAUCAGGGAGCUCCAUGCGAUGUUCAUGGACAUGGCAAUGCUGGUAGAAACUCAGGGGGAUAUGGUUAACAACAUUGAGAAGAACGUCUCUAAUGCAGCUGAAUACAUUUGUCGUGCAAAGGAAGAGACCAAAAAAGCAGUCAGGUACCAGAAGAAAUCCCGGAGGCUUCUCUACCUUGCCAUGUGUGGAGGUUUCAUACUUUUACUCAUCAUAAUAGUCGGAGUCUUUGAGUAAUGAAUUCCAUCGUGUGCAGUUCCACAGCAGUCAGAAGUGAUGAAACUUUUACAAACUUCAUAAUAGGACUGUCAGCCUCUAUCCAGCAGGACGGAUGUCUUGAGCAGAACUUUUCCCCCAUUAUUGUUAUUAUUUUUUUUAAAAACAAUGACUCCUGAUAACAACCAACUGACAGCUGAUAUUUGGAAUUGAUACAUUUUUACGGUAAAAGAAAGUUUUAAUGUUUACAUCACUUCACUACAUAUGAAAAAAGCAGAUCUGGCAUAUUUACAUGAUGGACACAAGUGUUGGUGUUAAUUAAUACCUUUUCUUAAUUAAAAGAAAAAAUAAUCAAAGCCUAAAGCUUAGCAGCAGAUGUGUAUAUAGAUAUAGAUCUGUUUGUCUCAUCUUCCCAGUACCCCUGCUAUUCUUCAAUGUUUUUUUAUUUUAUUUUAAUUUUUCACUUUUUUAGCAAUUUAAUCACUCACUAAAGACAACAUCUUAAAGUAUUAAUUGUUACUGUUUUAUGGCAGUUAGGGCGUGUCUGUCCAAUUAGAAGCAUGAAUUCCUUCUCGUGGUCAGCAGAGUCCAGUGCAACAGAUCUUGGUGGGGAAAAUAUUCCUCGGCUCCUUAACACUUUCCUUUGGAGUUAAUGGCCUCAGUCGCCAGUUUCAUGCCUUAGUGAAAACAUGGUGCUUAUAUUUGAUGAUAAAGAGACAAAAUAUAUUUUUAAAAUUUAAGUUGGGAUAAAAUGUAAAAAUAAAAGCAGAAUGUAAUUAUUCAAAAGCAAAUCCUCAUAUUUCAUUACUAUAGAACACAGAAAACAUGUCAAAUGUUUAAGCUGAAAAAAAUUUAUGAAACAAUAAAGCAUUCUUUAUUCUUAAAUUGUUCCAUAAUUGGUCUUGCAAAUUGGUGAGCCUGAAAUUACUCUGAAAUUUGUUCCUAUUUUUGAUGAGUUUUAAGGAUGAAGACUGAAUUCAAUAAAACUGGAAUAGAGGUGGGCAUACUUGUCAUAACAGAAGUAGGUUGUAAGAUUGUGGGAUGUACCACUUCAAGGAUAUCUGCUAUUCUACCUUCAAAACACAGCUCAUCUAGCUACUGGUCAGCUCCAGUCUGUGUGUACUUUACUGUGCCAGAAUAGCCUUUAGUUUUGAUUGUUUGUUAUAUGCAUGUAACUAAUCGGAUGUGACUGGGACAUUGCUCUAGGUCACAGAGUAGUGGUCCAGCAAUAGUCUGUUUUGUGUGGUUCUAAAGUUUCAAGGUUUAUAUUUUCACUGCAAAAAUAUAUCAAUUCUUCUUAACUGUAAAACAUCAUAAUUGCUAUCAGCCCUGAACAAAGACGCAACAGUCAACACACAGAACCAGUUACAAUAGACACAACAACAUCGGCCUCUGUGUUAUGCUGAAGUAGAGCACGUCUGUUCAAUACAGCAGAUUACUGUUGUUCUAUGUUGCUGUUAAAUAGAUUUUUUUGUGCUGAAGAAACAGUUUGACAUUUUGGGAAAUGAUUUGGGUGCUUGUUGAGGGUUCGAUUAAAGGAUUAAGUAUAACUUGCAUGUUUAACCUGUUAGCAGUCGGACGUACCGCCCACGGUACAUUGGAUGGUUUA